AUGCAAGGCUCUCACAUUUCGUGGCUGCUUGCCGCGCUUGUUCCAUUCACCCUUGCUCAGACGAUCGAAGUCGAUGGCAAGACGGUCCCGGCCAGCGAGAAGAAUGUUGCCCCUGCGAUGUCUGAGCCACCGGCUGCAUCGUCGAGGUAUUCCUUUGUCGAUGAUACCCCUCGGCUGACCGAUGCCGUGCUCACCAACCUCACGGACCUCAACCUCAGUGACGUCGAUCUCUUCUACUUUGCUGAUACCAAAGGUUCCAAGAAGAGAUCUGCUACUGCCGACUCCAAGUGCAAGGUCUUCCCUGGUGACAAGCUUUACCCCAACAAACUCAUCUGGAAGGUCCUCGACCUUCUCAGUGGAGGUGCCCUUAUCAGUACUGUUCCCCUUGGCUCUGUCUGCUACAAAGGAGAGCAUUACAACAAGGAGAAGUGUGAUUAUCUUCUUUCAGCGUGGCACAAUUCAACCACUCACAUCGAUGAUCCCACUUCGGUCAUGUCACCCCUCUUUGAGGGUGCCACCUGCGAGCCCGAGAACGCCGCUUCAGGCUCCAAGUGCACCAUUGGUGGCUUCCCUCUUUACUCAAUCAAGGCCACCUGUGUUGCCCAUAUCCAACUUGCCGUCAACUUCGCUCGCAAUCUCAACCUCCGUCUUGUCGUUCACAACACUGGCCAUGACUUUCUUGGCAAGAGCACCGGUGCUGGUGCCUUGAGCAUCUGGACACAUCACCUCAAGGACAUUAAGUUCACCAAGAACUACCGUGGUGCUAGCAGCUACACUGGCCCUGCCUUCAAGAUUGGUGCUGGUAUCCAAGUCAAGGACCUGUACCUGGCUGCCGACCAGGAGGGUUACACUGCGGUUGGUGGAGAGUGCCGUGACGUUGGUGUCGCUGGCGGUUAUCUUCCCGGUGGUGGCCACUCCCCCAUCAGCCCUAUCGCCGGUCUUGCUGCCGACCAGCUCCUCAGCGUUGACAUCGUCACACCUGAUGGUCGCUUCGUCACUGCUGAUGAGAAGCAGAACACUGAUCUCUUCUGGGCUGUUCGUGGUGGUGGUGCUGCUACCUGGGGCGUCGUCGUCUCCAUGACUGUCCGAGUCUAUCCCAAGAUGAAGUUCUCUGGCAUGACCUGGAGUGUCAAUACCAAGGACGCUGGCAUCUCUCAGGAGGCUCUCUUCAAAGCUCUUGACGUUUACUGGCGCCGCUUCCCCGAGUAUUCCGACAAGCACAGCUACGGCUACAGCUUCAUGUUCCCCGCUGGCAACGGUAGUUUCCUCUGGACCAUGAACCCUUGGAUGAUUCCCAACAUCUCUGUUGGCGAGUUCAAGAAGAUCGUUCAGCCCCUCCUUGAUGAGUGGAAGGAACUCGGCGUUGACCCCAAGCCCACAUUCUUUGAGCACGACCGCUUUUACCCUGCUUGGAAGACACAUUUCCCUGCUGAAAAUGUCGGUAACUACAACGGUCGCUCCGGCUCUCGUCUCAUCCCCCGCAAGAACUGGAACGACGCCAAGCUACUCAACAACACCAUCGACGUUCUUAAGGGUAUCCUCGCUGACGAAGGCAUCCUCAUCAUUUACAACAUCAAUGCCAAGCAGCAGAACACUCCUCCAAACUCUGCCAACCCUGCCUGGCGCGACGCCAACAUGUUCGUUAUCACUGCUCUUAACUGGAACUACACCGAUAGUGAGGAGGAGAUUGCCAAGGUUAACAACGAACUCACCCAUGGUGUUAUGGAACGCCUCAAGGCUGUCACUCCCGGCGGUGGUGGCUAUGGUAACGAGGGUGAUGUUAUGGACCCCGACUUCGGUCAGUCCUACUUCGGUUCCAACUAUGCCAAGCUUUAUCAGCUGAAGCAGAAGAUUGACCCUUACGGUGUAUUCUAUGCUCCUACUGCUGUUGGAAGCGAGGACUGGUACAUCACUGAUCAUCCAGCCUACGUGAUCAAGCAGACCGGUCGUCUUUGCCGCAAGUAA